UGAGCUAUUUUCUUGAAUUUAUUUUGCUAAUUGGAUGUAUACUUUAAUCGCUUGUACGUAUAUUACCGUAAUUAGUCGGUAUGCUAUUAUAGCGUUAUAUUCACAGUGGUCAGGUGAUCGUCGUAACAGGUGUGACGCAUUUGGGGCACGUGCGUAUUAUUUGACUCAUUAUAUCAAACACGGCGAAGUGUAUUAGUUGGUUGCCACCUGUUAUACUCGUAAUGUGAGUAAAUGUGUUCGAGAAACUUUUACCGAGCAUCUUUUUACAUCUCAUCCGCAAUUGCAUUUCAUACGAUAUCGUAUUUUUCGUUUUAACGAUAAUUGCCACCGCAUUGUGGAUUGAAUUUCUCGCAUUACGAUGUCGAAUAAUUUCUGAUUUGCGUAAUGACCGAACGUAAUUAAGCAAAUGUUCCAAAGUACUGUUUUUCGUGGCUUAAUUCGGAGAACCCAUUGAUGAAAUCUGCAUUCGAAUUGUAUCUCCACAGCUGAACUGCACCUGCACUUUGUUGAGAACGUCUUCGAACGUCCUUGAACCCUGUAAAACAUCCUUCAGCGUCCUUGCGCCGCCAUUGCACCUCGCCAUACGGAGUCCGAAGAUAAUUCAACGCGUUUGCUCGGAAAUAAAUAAUCUGCCAUGAUUAGAAAACAUGCUUAUUCAAUUGCUGUAUAAUGCAAAUAUAUUUAAUUUAUAGUCGUGAGUAAAUCAAGUAUUCAGAUAUGUUUGUUAAGAAUUCAAAUCCCGAUAUUGUUAAAAAUAUAUCGCGUUUGAAGCAGAUGCUAGUUAUAUUAUAAAUAUAGCUUCAAAACGUAAGAGAUGCUAAUGUAGAAUCAAGGAAAAAAAUUAGAAAUGACUACGUGGAUUGAUUUUCAAAGUGAUCGCGUAAGCGGAAGUUGGAGACGUCCUCCUGCGCUGGUCUUCGCCAGGAUAUAGGCAACGAUGCAGGUUCUUGCAAACAAAUGCCAAACAGUAAGCGUCUAUGCACCUAGCGGCGCAAACUGAAACGACUUCGGUAAAAAAAUAUAACGUCCUAACCAACCGACACGGUAGCCGACCAGUGAAUCUGUGAUCUGCAGCAAAUCUGCAGCAUCAAUUUUCAGUAUUCGGCGGCUUGCCUGCGCGGUAUUGGCCUGUUGGAAGUAAUUGGUGUUGUAUACGGUAUAAAUUGAGAAACGUUCUAGGCAGAUUUUCUUGUAUAUUCACUUCGAUAAACGGUUUUAACUUACAAAAGAAGUUUCAGUCAGUCUCCUGCAUUUUUUACGUCGUGAAUAGACAGGUCGGUUAUUUCGACUUUUGGUGGAAAUUCGUUAUAAAUAUACUCCAAAAAGUUCCAACCUAAAAAGGAGCGGAUCUCGACUUGAGUGAAAACUUAUUCUAGUACAUAUUCUAAUAUUCUAGUGCUAGUUCAAGAUAUCAACCUAUGCUUACACUAUUUAUACGUCCUUAAUAAUUGUACGAUCAUUAUUCGGAAGAAUUCUAUCAUACGCGUUGCAUCUGGUGUGGUUAAAUACGGUAAUGAAAAAUUCGAUAUGGUUUGACAAACAUGAGCUAAAAUGAUCUCUUAUAAAAAUAAUAUUUAGAUUAUCAUUGAAACAUCUUCACAGUAUCAAAAAACUAUUUAGUCCUCUUUAAAAUUGAACUGUAAAAACCAUUCUGAAAUAAUUUACUCAGACGGUUGUUGUUCCCCGAUAAAUAUUCUAACGAGAAACAUCAAAAUGAGUUCCCAACAAAGUCCAGCUGCCUUGCAAGCCACCGUUGAUGGUGAGAAGGUCUACACCUGGAUAACUGAAUUGUGUAAUCCUGAAACAAGGGAAAACGCUUUAUUUGAAUUGAGCAAAAAACGAGAAGUUGUUCCCGAUCUUGCCCCGAUGCUCUGGCAUUCUUUUGGAACCACGGCUGCCUUGCUGCAAGAAAUUAUUAACAUAUAUCCGGCUAUAAAUCCUGCUACUCUUACUGCCUACCAAAGUAAUAGAGUCUGCAAUGCUUUGGCUUUGCUGCAAUGCGUCGCUAGUCAUCCUGAAACACGAUCAGCUUUUCUGCAGGCUCAUGUUCCGCUGUUCCUAUACCCAUUUUUGCACACCGUUAGCAAGACACGACCCUUUGAAUACCUGAGAUUGACAAGCCUUGGGGUCAUCGGAGCCUUGGUUAAAACAGAUGAACAAGAAGUAAUCACCUUCCUACUUACAACAGAGAUAAUUCCGCUUUGUCUGAGAAUAAUGGAGAGUAGCUCCGAACUGAGUAAAACUGUGGCUACGUUCAUUCUGCAAAAAAUAUUGCUCGACGACAGCGGUUUAUCAUAUAUAUGUCAGACCUACGACAGAUUCAGCCAUGUUGCUAUGAUUCUUGGGAAAAUGGUUCUCUCUCUUGCUAAAGAUCCUUCGGCCAGAUUGCUCAAACACGUCGUCAGAUGCUACUUGAGACUCUCCGAUAAUCCAAGAGCACUUCUGGCGUUGAGACAAUGUCUCCCGGAUCAGUUGAGGGAUAAUACUUUUGCGACGUGCUUGCAAGAGGACAAGUCGACCACUCAUUGGCUGAAUCAACUACUCAAAAAUCUAGAAACUGGCCCUCAACCAGGUCCUCCGACUCAGCCUGGUCAGCAGGAUCCCAGAACUAUCGGGAUGUCACCUCUCACCUCAUAGACUGAAUAUUUCUUAAUCGGAAGUAAAAGUAAAAUCAUAUUUUAGUCAUAACUAUUCAAAUAAGUGCCACAUGAUAAUGAAUGCAAAAGAAAAAAGAUACUAGAAUUCGCUACCAAAAUCUUUGCCUGCUAUUGGCGUAGAGAAAUAUUUCGUACUGCCAUGGACUCGAUCAAACUUUUCACCAAAAAUCUGAUCAAUUUAAAUUGAUCUAUUAUGAAGACGACGCUCCAAUCACUAAAACUGGUUUUGGGAGUUUGCACAUAAUAAUUUUCUCUGGCGCAUGCCUAUUCUAUAUAUUGCAUGAAAAUAAGCGUUUCAAAGUGAAUUCAAAGAGUAUGUGUUCGGUCGAUCCCUCCCGAGGCUCUAGUCCAGCCUAGCCUUUGCUUCGUUAACGAACAAUCAAUGCACGUCAAACAGAUGUCCAUGAAAGCAGCUGAUUGUUGAUAUUUCGACCGAGUUUGCUUGCAGCGAAAAAUGAAUUUGAAAAUCACUCGCUGUUAGCAUUUUCAAUAAAAUAUUUUCAAGCAUCCGAGGAACUGCUGCUGCUCGGUCUGAAAAUUAUUCAUCACGUUACUUUAUAACGUAGAUAUUUGACAGUUUAGAUCUCAAUCACGCGUGUCCUUAGAGUUCAGCGCACAAUCCAGUCUCACAAUUUUUUCAUUCGAUUAACUCUACCACAGCGUAUUAAUUGUCGUGAAACGAUGUAUUUUACUUAUUAAAUGAAUGAUUAAUUGCAUUUAUGGGAACAGACUAACCGGCGGUUAGAAUAAAUUUGUUAAAGAAUAUUAAAGAUAUGUUACCUCUGUAAAUGCAUAAUACUGAUAAAUUUGUACACGCAGUUCCGAUUAAAGAUUUAUUACUAUUGGCGCCCGGUGCAUGCGUAUGCAUAAAUAUAUGAUAUUUUUAGGAAUGUAUACGAUGUAUCUGAAUAUCAUAUAUAAGAUUUGUUUGUAUAUAUAGAUAAUGUAAAAAUAAUGAGAGUAUGUAACUUGCAUGGUUUCGCAUAGUAACAGAGGUGUGUCACGCGAUUGCCAAAAUGGGAUUUUCAAGAAUUGUUGUGUUUUGACUUUUAAAUGUCAUGAAAAAUGAAACAUGACAUCAGUAGAUUUAUCGCAAUAAACCGCUAGAUCACUAGUCUAAUCAAUAAUAAUAAUUAUUAUCUACAAUGUACUGUUUAGGUAUAUGUUACAGAGCUAUGCUGCAGCUAGUAAUAUCAAUGCUGCUCUCGUUAACGGAUGUAAUUGUAUAGUUUGAUAAUAAUGAUUGUAAACAACUUCGAUAUUUAAUUGUUUGUCAAUUAUCGUAUGGCUGCAGGCUAAGCUAGUUUGGCGACAAACGACUUAUGGAUAAUAUUUUUUUAUUAGACUCGUAAGCUUUUAGUAAUAAUUAUGUACCUACAUAGAGAAAUAUCGUUAAUUUAUAUGGAUACUGAUAAUCAUAAUAGUAACAACAAUUGAAAUUCAGUUUUUAGCCGAAUCGUACGUUGAGGAAUGAUGCGACGAUGAUUAUAAAUGAAAAUUGCAAUAUCACAUGAGAAUUAUAAAAUCAUUAAAAAUACCUGAUACGUUAA